AUGGAUAUUCAAACCUUGUUAAACAACCUUCAUGAAGAAGUAUCAUGUUCUGUGUGUAUGUGCAAGUACACUGAUCCAAAACAGUUGCCGUGCUUGCAUAGUUUUUGCCUUCAUUGCCCGAAUGGGAUUCAACGAACGAAUGGCAGACGAGAUAAAAUUGCGUGCCCGGAGUGUAGACAGGAAUUCAAUGUCCCUGAUAAUGGAAACCUAGCAGCUUUGCCAACAAACUUUCGUAUUAACAGCUUGCUCGAUGUAUUAGCUAUAAGGGAGUGCAACACAACCGGAGUUAAGUGUGGAAAUUGCGACGAAAGAACGAAACAGAGCCAUUAUUGUUUCCAGUGUUGUGCUUUCUGGUGCGAAGAGUGUAUUGGUCUCCACAAUAGAAUCAAGGCCAAUAAAGAUCACUACGCGCUGGCACUAGAAGACUUUCAAGAUCAAGACUUUGAGAACAUUUUAAAGAGGCCAGAAUUUUGUGCAAUGCCAGGCCACGAGAAAAAAGAAAUAGAAUUCUUCUGCAAUAUCUGCAAAGUCGCAAUCUGCAACGCCUGUGCGUUAACGAAUCAUGAUGGGCACGGAAAGAUUCUUCUGGAACAAGCUGCAAAUGAGCGGAAGUUAAGAGUUAAAUCUGCAAUUGAAUCUCAGAGAAAAAGAGCUCAAACAAAGAGAAGCAAAAUCACCACACUUGACAAAAGCCUCAGUGAGGUUCAAGAACAAGCUGCUCGUGUGAAGAGAAACGUACAAGAGUAUGCUGACAGCAUCAUUGCAGCCAUUGAAGCAAAGAAACUGGAGAUCUUUGAUGACGUGGAACGAAGGACAAACGCAUCUCUUCAAGAAAUUGGGAAUCAAAAGAAACAGAUUGAAGAACAAGUUAAACGACAUGAAUCAGAAACAGAAAAUACCGAAACACUUUUAAAGCGAAGCACAAGCGCCCAACUCAUGCAGCCGAACGAACUGAUGGACAAAAUAUUAAAGGAAGAAAACAACCAAGAAAACAGAAGUGAUAGUGAUGACUGUUCAUUUCAGAAAUUUGAUUUUGUGAAGAAUCACAAGUUAUUUGAACUUGUAAGCGCUGAACAAAUUGGCUCCCUUAAAACAAGAGCUCAACUAUCAAGUGCUGAUGGAAAAGGGAUCAAUGAAGCAUUUGUUGGACUUGAAGCACAGCUUGUUGUGACAACAAGAAACGCGGAAGGCCAACAGUUUCACGACGAUUGCGACUCCGUAACACUGGAAGUCAGUAAUCGUCAAGGCGAUAACUGCGCAGCUGAAGUGCAAGUCAAAGAUUUCAAAGAUGGUAGUUACAAGAUCAAAUACUAACGGUUUCUUUGUCCUUGUACGUCACGUAGUCACUUCCAAUUACCUCUUGUAUAGGCACCGUCGGGAAAACUCCAAGUUCAGUUUGGGUCUGUCAAGUCUGGACACAAUAGAAAACCUCUUGUUUAUAAGCAGCGUCCUUGGGGGGUAGCAGUAAAUGAACAAGAUCAAAUUUCAGUGAGUGACGUUGGUAACCAUAAGAUUCAUUUAUUUAAGAGCGAUGGAACUCAUAUUAAAUCUUUUGGUGGAAAGGGUACUCAGCACGGUGAGUUUGAAUUCCCCUCCGGGACAGUGUAUCAUGGUGACAAUAUUAUUGUAGCUGAACAGAGUAACCACAGAGUUCAAGUGCUAAGUAGACAGAGGGGAUACUUUCGCCACUUUGGGGGAGAAGGAAGUCUUGAUCACCAACUUAACUUUCCUGCUGGUUUAUAUAUUAACAGUGAUGGCAAUAUCAUUGUAGCUGAUAGGUUAAACAAAUUAAUCAAGAUCUUUUCUGCUGAUGGGCAGUUUUUAAAUAAAAUCGGCACAGAGGGCUCUUUCAUUGAACCCUUUCACUGUAUCCAACGUAACAACUAUCUUAUAGUAUCAGACAAAGGUGAUCAUUCUAUAAAAUGCUUUGAUAGAAAGGGUAACUUCCUUUACAAAUUUGGGAAGCAGGGAAAUGCAGACGGGGAGUUUAAGCUGCCUCACUGCUUGUCCAUGAACAAGGCAGGACACUUGAUGGUUUGUGAUCAUAUUAAUCACAGGAUUCAGGUGUUUGAUCUGAGUGGAAAGUUUGUCGCUAAGUUUGGAACAAAAGGAAGCGGGAUGGGAGAGUUUAAUCAACAGAUCUCAGCAGCAGUUCUCAGUGAUGGUAAAAUAGUUGUGUCUGACUUCAGAAACAGUCGUAUUCAGAUUUUUGAAUGA